GAGAACAAGUAGACGCCCAUAAAGUCUUAAUCCCUCAGUUCUGAACAGAACUGUUCUGGAAACAUUUUCAGAAAACCAGAACCAACAUUUUGCAAGAGAUCACACAGGAAGUGCUGUUUCCUAUUUUCAGAUAUAGGGUUUAACUAUGUAUCUCUACACAAAGAAGAAGAAGACACAGUCAGACUAAACAAGCUUGAUAAAUCAGUUUGACACAAUUGCCUGCUUUUGCAGAAAUUGUCCAGAAUUUCUGUUGGUAACUAAAACUACCCUGUGCAUGUAGAAACUGCAGGACUGCAAAUCAGAGCUACCCAAGUCCAGCACGUUUCUACAGCCGUUGCCUGACACCAACUCCAAAAAGGACACCGUGUUUGCCAUUUUAACCCAGGCCAACACCACUGAAUUGCAGGUCUGCAACACCCAGGACAGCAGAUCUACCAGAACAACACACCAUGGAAAACCAUACCAUAGACUUAUCUGACUGGCCACUGACAACAGAAUUCGACUACGGUGAUUCAAUGCCAUGCAUGGGAACCGAGGAGAAGCACUUUGCAGCAAAUCUUCUGCCACCGCUGUAUUCUUUGGUGGUGAUAUUUGGCCUCACAGGCAACAUGCUUGUUGUCCUUAUCCUGGUGAAAUACAAGAGGUUGAAGAGUAUGACUGACAUCUACCUGCUCAAUUUGGCAAUUUCUGAUUUGCUGUUUAUAUUUUCUCUCCCUUUUUGGGCUUACUAUGCUGCUCACGACUGGAUUUUUGGAGAUGCGCUGUGUAGAAUUCUCUCAGGCGUCUACCUCCUUGGCUUCUACAGUGGGAUCUUCUUCAUCAUCCUCUUGACCCUUGACAGGUAUCUGGCCAUAGUGCAUGCGGUGUUUGCUUUAAAAGCUAGGACAGUUACCUACGGCAUCCUCACCAGUGUCGUCACUUGGGCUGUUGCUAUUUGCGCUUCUGUUCCUGGAGUAGUAUUUCAUAAAUCUCAAAAGGAAAAUUUACGUUAUACUUGCAGUGCUCAUUAUCCAAGUGAUUCCUCAAUAAAUUGGAAGUACUCCUAUACUUUAAAGAUGAACAUUCUGGGACUCAUUGUUCCAAUGCUCAUUAUGAUUUUCAGUUACUCACAAAUUCUAAAAACAUUACUGAGAUGUAAGAAUGAGAAAAAACAGAAGGCAGUCAGACUUAUUUUUGUGAUAAUGAUUUUUUACUUCAUCUUUUGGACACCGUUCCAUAUUUCUUCUUUUUUGCAUACAUUUCAAAGUUCACUUUUUGUCCCAACUUGUGAAAUCAAAGGUCAACUGGCAAAAGCAAUCCAAGUGACGGAGACAAUAUCAAUGAUUCACUGUUGUAUCAAUCCUGUGAUCUAUGCAUUUGUUGGAGAAAAAUUCAGGAAGUAUCUUCAUAGCUUUUUCCAAAAGCAUGUUGCAGCCCACCUCUGCAAAAGAUGUCCAGCUCUUUAUCAUGAAAAAUUAGAAAGAGUUAAUUCCACAUUCACACCAUCCACUGCAGAGAAUGACAUCUCUACUGGACUGUAAAAAUACAUCAAAAUAUUAGUUAGUAAAUGUUGUAUCAUUUGCUUUGCCUUAAGGACUGUCUGACAUUAUUUAAGAUCUUUAUGUCAACCUCUACUGAAAACUGUAUGACCCUCAAUUCUUGUGGUUAACAGUUCCUUGGGGUUACAGCAUUUUCCAUUCUUAGACUAAGAGAAUCAGUGAGUUCUCCAGGCAACGUUAACACCAUAGCUAGGUCACAUCAAGAUCUGAAUGCGGCCCAGAAUAGUAUGACUCUGUUUCUUGAUCCAAAUUCUAUCCAGUGAACAAAUGCUAGUAAGAUUUACCUGGGGGAAUACACUACUGAAGGGACUAAGGAGUAAUAUGUAACCUCACAAGAGCCAUUUACUCUUAUGUGAACAUUGUAAAACAAAAACUGGGAGGAAUCUUUGAGGAUUGAUUUAUCUAUUCAACAUCAGUGGAACAUCUUUUGCAAGUUACUGUAUUCUUUCUGCAACAUGGUCAGGCAUUUGACUGGGGAAGGUUUUUAGUUUUCUUCAUCUUUCCCCUUUACCCCUUAUUUUCCCCAUAUGAAUAAAAGAUGUUUCCAAAAAAAGAAUUUAAGGAUAAACAUGAGACAUGUCAAGGUAAUAACUCUCCUCAUGUCAAGGUAAUAACUCUCCUCUGAUGGGAGAGCUGACUGACCUUUGUCACACUGGGGCCAUUUAACCUGAGGUAUCAGAUGCCUUAAUCUAGGUGGUGCAAAUAUUCUUCUCACUCUAGCCUUAUAACAUCAAGGCACUGCUUCUAUUUGUUUUUAGCUUUUAUCCUAUCAUCUAUCAUAAUCUGGCCACAGAUAAGCUGAAGAAAGGCCCCAAAACGAUCCUAAGAGUAAACUUUUUUGCUUGGAAAUAUUUUUCCUUUUCUAUUUUAUUUUUUUUUUUUUUUUACUGCACUAAGGCAAAAGCACCUUUGUAAUAUUAAAGUGCAAAUUAGUUUAAUGUGAUACAAAUCUUGCUGUAACUGUGGUAUUUCUACUGCUGUGUUUUAUUUUAAAUUCUCGUCUUUUUGGAAAUACAUUUCUUAGUGUUUCCAGUGAAAUAUAGUGAAAUUAUUAAAAUCUGUGUCUGAAAAACAA